AUGGAGCGCCUGGAACCCGCCGAGCCCCUCGUGCAAAGAUCGACUAUCGGCCGCAAAUUCUCCAACAUGUGGAAAGCUGUCCAUCGCUUCGAUAAGACAGUCUCCUCAUCCACUUUUGGCCGCAUCUUCAGACUCGAGGGGAGCGGUCAUCCUGAGGAGAUACCCGACUCGACAUUUUUCAGAGAAGUCCGAGCAGGCGUUACGACUUUUGCGACAAUGGCCUACAUUAUCGCCGUGAAUGCAAUCAUCCUCUCGCAAACGGGUGGCACUUGUGAAUGCAAUCUAGAGAACCGAACCGAAUGCGACAACAUCCCCAGCUACAAGGCAUGUAAAGAGAGUGUUCGACUAGAUUUGAUCACCGCGACGGCCGCCCUUGCCGGGCUUUCCAGCUUCGUCUUUGGCUUCUUUACCAAUCUACCAGUGGCACUCGCUCCCGGAAUGGGCCUCAACGCCUAUUUUGCCUUCCAGGUGGUCGGUCCCAACGGCUCGGGCGCCAUCCCGUACCGGGUGGCACUCACAGCAGUCUUCGUUGAGGGUCUCAUUUUUAUCUUUCUCGCUCUCACCGGAAUGCGGCAGUGGCUAGUCAAGCUCAUACCAGCGACCAUUAAGACGGCGACAGGAGUCGGUAUUGGGUUCUUCCUGACGGAGAUUGGGCUCUCUUACUCCGCCGGCAUUGGUGCUAUCACCGGAGGUUGGAAGUCUUCCCCUCUCGCCAUUGCCGGAUGCCCCGUUGAGAUGAUUGACCCUGAGAGCCAGAUGUGCGCUGGUGGCAUAAUGUCAAGCCCGAAGAUGUGGACCGCCAUCUUCGCCGGCGGCGUUGUCACGGCCUACUUGAUGUCGUUCCGAGUCAAAUAUGCACUCAUCAUGGGUAUUGCCCUGGUAUCAAUCUUGUCAUGGCCACGAAACACUUCUAUCACCUACUUCCCCUAUAACGAGGAGGGCGAGAACCGUUUCAACUUCUUCAAGAACGUCGUUACCUUCCAUCCAAUCGAGCGCACCCUCAACGUUCUUGAUUGGGACGUCGCCAAAAACGGAUCGCAGUUUGCUCUUGCUCUCUUCACAUUUCUCUAUGUCGACAUCAUUGACGCCACUGCCACCAUGUACUCGAUGGUUCGUUUCUGCGGUGUCGUUGACCCCAAAGAUGGCGAUUUCCCUCGCUCUACCGUUGCUUACUGCUGCGAUGCGGCAUGCAUCUCCAUUGGAUCCCUGUUCGGAUGCUCUCCCGUCACAGCAUUUAUCGAGAGUGGCGCAGGCAUCGCUGAGGGUGGUCGCACGGGGUUGACGUCCAUGACAACCGGCAUUUGCUUUCUAAUUUCAAUCUUCUUCGCUCCCAUAUUCGCGUCCAUCCCGCCUUGGGCAACUGGCUGCACGCUCGUCCUGGUCGGCUGCAUGAUGAUCCGUCAGAUCACCCAGAUCAACUGGCGGUACAUUGGCGACGUCCUUCCCUCUUUCGUUGUCAUGACUUUCAUCCCAUUCUCCUAUAGCGUCGCUUACGGCCUGAUUGCGGGAGUGUUUGUGUACUCUGUUCUCAACGGCCUCAUCGCUCUAACUGUUUGGCUCUCCGGAGGCAGGCUCGAGCCCCGUGAGUAUGAUGCAAAGGAGUACUGGUCCUGGAGGAGCACCGGCAAAAAGCCCUGGUUCGUCCGUGCCGUUCGCACCAGCUGCUUUAGCAACGGCGACGAGGAUAGCAAGCGCCAGUUCCAUAUUCAUGACGACCAUGAGAGCACUUAUGCUCCGGGUUCACGUAUGGGUUCAACGCACCAAAAGGAGGAGGGCGGCGUUCACAUGGUGACGAUUCCACAGCGUACGGCGACGCCGCGCUCUAUGCAGUGA